AUGACGAACAACCAUAUGCUAUCUUCAACGUUGCGCGUCACUCGCCGCCGUUCUACCAAAGCUCUAAACGAGAUUUUUCGACCUUUUUCAGCCAGGUAAACUGAAUUUCGAAGCAGUUGAAGCAGAAAAAAACUUUUUUUCUUUUUAAUUUUGUAGAGAAGUCAGUCACUUUUUAGCUUUCAACUUUUCUCUGUAGACUUUUAUAUUUGAAAAAAAUAGUUGAGUUAGGCGCUCAAUUUUUUUGAAUUUCGAAUUUUUUUGAAAGGUUGGAAGCUCUCAUAGCUCUGAAAUAAUUAGUUUUAAGAUCGAGAAAAUUUUGAAAAACUUUGUUUUUCAUAUAAUUUUUUAGCGGUUUAUACUCGGAAAAGAGUUUCAUCAAUUUUACAAGGGAGAUUGUGGGAUGGACACCUUGAGUGAAGUUUUUUGCACUUUACAACAAGUCUUGAAGCCAUAAAAAUUUAUAACGGAUACGAAGUCAGAAAGAUGACUCAUCCUUCAGCUGGAAAUUUCAACUUUUUACCGAUUUUAUGGAUGCUAGGAAGAAAUUUCGGAUCCGCGAAUAUUCGUGAACGUGAAUUGUGCUUACACUAAUUUUGGGGGCUCGAAAAAUUUUUACUAUGAGCUCAUAUUCCAAAAAAAAAAAUUAGAAAAAAAGAACUAAUUGUCUUGAAUUUGGAAAAUUCAGUUGAUUUUCUCAUAGAAGUUCAGCUCGAAGAAGGAGUUUCAAGAAGUUUUAGACAGAAAAAUAAACCUUAUAAAGUUUAUUUAUCAUUGAAACUGGAAGCCAUAAGAAGUUUAAAGGCCAAACGGAUGACUCAGCUGGCAUUUCCAUUGUCAAUCUUGCACGAGAGUCGCGCUUCCCUAGUCAAAAUAAGAAGAGAAAAUCGAAAGGUUGGCGCGAGUCCAAAUUGGGGUGUGGCUGGAGGUCCGGCUCGUUUACAUGGGUCCUCCUCAUCACAGCAUCUGCUGCUCUUUCAAAACUCCGAAUUUUCGUCAAUUCUCCAUUUCCUUUUGCACUUUUUCGGCCUACCAGUGGACAAUAUACUGCCUUUUGAAGAUUUGAGAAAGAUUUAUGAGAAUGAGGUCAUAAAAAUGUUAUUGGAAACAUUGGAGAAAUUGAAUGGCUAAAAUUUAUCAUCUUUUCCGCUGUUGUUCUUUGAUGCUAUAGGUCAAAGUUGAAUUUUCGAGUUUUCGACUAAUUUUUCUUCUCGAGGCUCUCCCUUCUGAGAAGACAGAGCACGAGAAUUUUUUUGCAUUUUUUUUUACCAAUUUUUUAAAAUUCUUGUGUAGUUUUCUAAUUGAAAUUAUGACGAGAUCCAAAAAAAUUGAAAUUUUCAAAAUAUUUUAAUUGCAUCCAUUCUGCUUUAAUCGACUUGAAAUGUCACAUUUUUUUAGAGAAAUGAUCAUUUCGAACUGAUUUUGAGUUUUUUUUUUGUUUUUGCUAUCGGUUUCGUAUGAAGUAUAACUUGCUCACAAGUGAUUUUCUUGAACUAAAAGUUAUGUCAAAGUUAAUAUUCAAAUUUAAAAAUUUUUACCAGGAAUAUAUUUUUUUUAGUAAUUUUUUUCGAAAGUAAAAAAUCUCCUGGAAGAAAAUCACAAAAAGGCCAUUUUUCAUCUUUCAAGCUUGGCAAAACCUUGUUUAAAAGUUUUGUAUACUUUUUCAGUUGGUGUGAUAAAAAGUAUGAGCUCUGUGUUGUGCUCACUGUACAUCUCAGAGAACUUGUGUUAAGUUGAUUCUUAUCCGAUAAUUUCGAAGAAACAAGUUCUGAAUUUCCGAGGCUCGAACCCCGAAAUCUUCAGUUCUUUUUUUUUGUUCUCCGCUACCCUCAUUAUCUAUACAAAUGCAAUGCGCGGUGUGUGGGCACAACUGCAUGCCCAAUUCGCGGGUCUCGGACCUUUGAACUCUUUCAGAAAAGCUUUUCUCGUCCCUUAUAACAUAUUCGCUUCACACUUGCCGUUGUCCCUAUUCAGAACAACUUCUCCCAUUGUCGAAGUUUUCUUUUCCCGAAAGAUUUUUGGUUUCGACCCUGUUGCUGAUCUAUUUUAACACUGAAAUAUGAGAUGAUAAACAGAAAAAUGCUUGUUUUUCCAUGUCCCAACAACUUUUUUGCAUGUUUCGAGCGGCUCGAAUUGCACGGAGAUAGAUAGCUUUUCAUUUUGGCGCAGUUGAAAAAAAAAGAACCCGAGUUGAAAAUUUUGUUGAGGGAAAUUUUUUUUGGAAUGUUCAGUACAAAGAUUUGAUUGCUUCCCUAUUUAUUUUUUUAAAAAAACUUCAAUUCUUUAUAUCUUCUGCGAUGAAAGUUCAAAGUACAGAAAACAACUUUCUAACUUUAAAAUAUGAGUCAAAAAGUGUAGGAGAAAACGUUUUCUGGCGUCCUUCAAAAGCGAAAAGUUUUUUUUUAAAUUUUAAUAUCGAGAGCAUUUCUUGAUUUUUAUGCCAAAGCCUUCUCCUUCUUCGAAAUUUGUUGUCGGAGCGGUUGGGACUAAUUUUUCGGUAAUAAUUCACGAUGGAAAGAGCCGAUCAACAAGAAUACCCAAAUAAGCGUUAUGAAAGUAGGAAAUUAUUUUUGUUCGGCCGUGAUCCGUUCAGACGGUUCAGUACAAGAGUUGGCAAACAGCCAAAACGUCAAAUUCCACGCUUGAUGUUUGCGUGAGCCUAGAGAUGCCGCCAAGUGGCUGGGAAAUUCGGGUUUAAACUUUUUCGGAUCAUUUUUCGAACAGUUUGCUGUUAAACAAAAUUUUUCAAUUGCGUAAAGCUUUUUUUGCUUUUUUUCCCGCUCUAACAGAUUUUAAAAAAGUUCAUUAUUUUUUUGAGCGUCCAAGGGUGAAUAUCCUUUCAUAUAAUUCGUCCGCGAAUGUCUAAAAAAGUAUUUGUUUUUGGACCUGUGAAUUUUCAGCUUGAGUAGAAAGAUUGAUGUUCUAGAUUGUUAUUUGAAAGUUCCAAGCUUUAAAUUUUUUGUUUUGCAAAGUAGAGUUUUUCGAAAGUUUAGCGGUUAGAACAAUAUUAGGAAAAACGAGUUUUGAAAGGUUUUUUUUUGAAAACCUAGGAAGUACUGUAGGUGAGAACUCGCAAGGAAGAUAAUUUUAUUUUACGAUUCAAAAAUUCCUGAAAAUUUACCAAAAUGCCUUUUGAUGUACCAUAUCAUAAUCUUGAAUCUGCACAAAUUCGUAGUUUUUGAGAAGAGAAACCUCAAAGUCAAAAAAGAACCUCAAUACCCGUUGAAAUAGGCUUUUUUGGAGCUUAUAUCUUUGCCAAAAAAGCUCUUAUUUCUCGAAAACUAAGAAGAUUUGCAGGUUGAGACUUCCAAGACCAUGUUUUGGUAAAUCAAGGAGUGUUCAGACCAAUUUUCAGGAAAUUUUGAAUCGCAAAGUAAAAUGACUUCCCUUGUAGGACCAAAACACAUUUUUAACCGAAUUUCAGUGAAAAUGAGAAAUAAAAUGACCGCCUUCCUUGUCAAAAUGAAAAGCUAUUAUUUCUCUAUGUUGAAUUAAUUGCACGCGAAAUUCCAGCACAUCCGGUGAUAAAUUGGGGAAAAGACGAUUUCAUCUCGAAGCACGAAUGGAAAUAUUCCCACGGCUGACGUCGUCAUUGCGAUUCUGGAAUUAAUUCGAGUUGAUUCUCAUUGACAAGUGCGUCGUCUGGCCCUCCCGACGGAGCCAUUAUUCCACGCGCCGCUGCUUUUCUUUCAUCUUCAUCCGACCUGGCUUGAAUACAUUUCGUUUCCGUGUGCACCUUGUUAUCCAGUACUUGGAGCAGUCUAGAUUUUCUGGGCUCUCUGAAUCUUGCUGUUUAUGCUCCUAGGACCGCUCUGAUUAGAGAGAUGAGAGCGCAGACGAGUCAGAGUGUUUAGAGGAUGAGAUGUACUCAUAUUGAACCGAGGUACAGCUUUUAGCCCCUAAAUUCUCUUUUUCUCUUUGAAAUUGACCAGUAUCAGCUCCAAAUUUCCGUUUGCGCUAAAUUUACUUCACUAGGGAACGUUUUUUACCCCCCGGUUGAACUUUUGCUGAAACUUUCGCCUAAGUGUACUUUAGGACCCCCUAAUCCCAGAACAAAAAGAAAAUUUCUCGCAAUAGACCUCGUUUUCGAGUUAGGACACUUCAAAGGCCCGAAAAAGCGCUUUUUGGCUUAAUUUGCGUAUUUCGCGGACUUUGAAGAUUCAUAAUUCGAAAACGAGAUCUAUUGCAAGAAAUUUUUUUCUUGUUUUGCAAUCAGGAGGUCCUGAAGUACAUUUCCGCAAGGUUUCAGCAAAAGUUCAACGGGGGGUAAAAAUGUUCCCUGGUCAGUAACUACAUCACAUUCUCACCAGAUCCUCUGAAACUUCCGAAAUAUCUCAAAUCCGACUUCAAGAGAGUAAUUUGAACGUUCUCAUCAAAUCUUGGUUUAUUCACUUUACCCUUUCCAGAAAAAAACGGAAUUGGUUGCAUAGGAAGAAAGUCGUUCCGAAAGCGAACUUUUCAAGAAACUCCGAGUCCCUCAUAGAAGGCCGAAUAGCUUAUGAUUUCUAAUAAAUUAUUCGGCUUUAGGUUUCGCCAUAAACAUUUCUCGUUAUAUGUAUAUUUUUCGCCAAAUAGAUAAGACAUCAAAAAUCAGCAGAUAUCUUGAGUUUGAAGUCUUUCCGAACCGCUGGCUUGGUACCGGAAGUCUACAGAGACGUUGAGCCUCUUUUUUUCUUUUUGCCUGAUCUUUAAAAUAUCAUUUCGAGAUAGCCGUGAAUGAACUAUAGCUUCCUAGAGCUUUUCUCAAUUUUUAUUCCUCCCAAAAAGUAGAGAAAAACGGAAAUUCGUGUUUUAAUUUGGAGAAAUGAUUGAGAGAAAUAGAUUCCCGUUACGUCUGGUCCCCGCGGAGACGUCACUCGAAGCGUUUGUUUCCCUCAUUUUGAAAUUUGUUGACGUCUUCCAGAUUCCCGUUUUUUAUGACGGAGAAAAAAGUUAUUCGUCUUUGCUUUUUUCAUUCCUUCAUUACGGAUUUCUCUUUUUUUGAAAAAUUCAUUACCCUUUGAAUCUGCCUUCAAGCUCAAAAAUUGAUUCUGAAGCUUUUGAACCUUUUUUUUUUGACUUUGAUCUGGAAAUUGAGUUACAAGAACUGACAAUCUUAGAAAAAAAUAUAUUCCCUUAUCAAAAAAUUUCUGAAAUACUAAUUGUUUUUUUUCUUAAAAUGCUUCUUACCGGAGCAAAUGGUCGCACAUAGAAUGGCUCAAAACAGAAUGGCUUGUUUAACUCGCUCCGGACCAGAAAUGACUUUCGCUUAACGAGUCGUAGGAUUUGUUCUAACCGCAACGCGACCGCGACGCAUCGAGCCAUUCCAAGUGCGACCUUCCGAAUGGGUUGAAUGAAUUCUUCUGCCUUCAUAAGGGUAAAACUGAGUCAUCGUUUUGACGCACCAAGAACAUUAAAGAAAAGUUUAUUUUUGUAAAGCAUAUCUCUAGAGCUCACAUGUAAGCGGAGCUCUUUUUUAUUUUUCGAAAGAAGAUUUCAAGAGAUUCCUUUUCCUUUUCAGAUGUCCUAUUUUAGGGCAUUGUUUUUGUUUUUGAGAAUCAUUAGGACGACGUCAUCUGAAGGGUCCUCGGGAGAUUCUGCAGAAAUCACUUGAGGCGUUUGUUCUUUGCCGUAAACACUUUGAGCACUUUCCGACAUGUGCGAACGAGAGGAAAAAGAAGAAGAAAAAGUAUAAAAAAGAUCUGAAGAACAGCGCGAAAACCGCUUACCAAACCUCAACGAGUUGUUAUUUUCGGAGGCAACACGGAUAGUUGAGUGCUCUUUUUUUUUGCUAGACUUUGAAUUUUUGGAAAACUUUUCUCACUCUGAGAUCUUUUGAUUUUGGAACUGUUUUCACUCCGGCUUCGUAUUUCCUUUUUUGCACUUGGAAUGGAUGAAUCACAAAACGCAUCAAGACCUAACGACCUGAUAUUAGUUUCGAGGCUUCGUUGUUUGCCUCUCUUAAUGGAUAUCCUUCGUUCCUUUCGUUCCUCCUGCUUUUUCCAUCUUUCCUGGUUAAGGUCGCAUCUUCACUUUUCUGAUAUUUGGUUCUGAACGUGUCGACGAAACCAUUUUUUGAGCAAACAGUUCAAAAAUUCAAUAAACGAAUAUUUUCGGCCUUUAUUCGCAGAAAGUUGAAAUUACUGUUUCAGGGAAAUUCAACUUUUUGUAAAAUUUUUGUUUAUAUCCAGUUUCAUAGAGCUAUUAGAUCCAAGUGAUUCAAAUGAUUCUAGCAAUAAAAAAAUGUAAACGUUUAGAAUUUUUACACUUUGUCGAUUUUGGAACGCUUGGAACAUAAAAUCCGCAGUUUUUUUUUUCCGGAUCCUUUAAAAAAAGUUAAAUCGAGGCGUUUUGAAAAAGUAUCUUGUUCAAUAUUAAAAUAUGAACCGGUCGGUUUGUUUCUUCAUGCACGGAAUCUCUAUGACAAAAAACUCGAAAACAUGACAAAUUUAGCAUAACUUCCGGUUUCACAUUAGAUAUAAAUCUGUUCUCAGUUCCUAUUUUUGUUCAUUUUUGUCUGUGUAUCUCUUACUUUAGAAAAAUGUUCGCUAGUUGAAGUUAUUUCAUCGAUUCAAAUUCGACCGAAAAACCUUCGAUCAGAGCAAAUCCAUACAAAAAAAAAAUAGAAAAUCGUCAAAAUAUCGAACAAAGAAAAGAAAAAUGAAUAACUUUUUGAUUUUAUUCAUUUCCUCGAAUAUAAUUCUCGCGUGACGAGAAAAUUUAAUGGCUCUUCGGCGGCGCGUGGAAAACGACAUCCGACGCGACAGCUUCCCGCUUUACUCCCGCCUUUGGUUUUCGGCCGUCCUGACUUUUCCCCUCUUUCCCAUCCAAUUACGGCCGUGUUCUCCGGACCCGGCUUCAUAUUCUGGUCAUUUACACGAAAAUUAGUGUUUUUGUGAUGCUACUUGAGCCGAGGAAAUCUUGUUUUUCGUUAUUUUUUUUUUCUCGCCUUCGUUCGCUGGCUUGAGCCAACUUCAAUUUAAGUUUUAUCCGGUAAUUUUUCCCUAAAAUUGUUCCCUAUGAGGGAUUUUGUGCAAGGAAACCAAUUUUUAAGGAUUUUACAGUAACCUGAGUUUUUUCGAUAAACUAGAGAUAUUAGAGAAGAAGUAACUUUUUCUAUUUUAAGAUUUCUUCAAUAAAAUGGAAAAUUUUUUCAGUUCUUAUUGCAUUUCAAGUUCAAAAAUGUCACUGAGGCAACGCCAAAAAAUGAAAAAAAAAGUACUUCUGAACUCAAAUUUGACUCCUGUUUUUUAUUUAAAGUUUUCUGCUAAUGAAAAGUGUUCUCGUUGAAAAAAUCAAACUUUGCUGCACGUUCUUUUUUUUCCUGCUGAACCUGGUUGAGUUACGUUAUAUGGAGAUUUUAAAAAAAGAUGGACUUUAAUAUGGAGUUAAGAAGGUGUUAUCAACAUUGAUAGAUAUAGUUUUUCAAAUUGCGAAAUUGGAAAACAGCUGCAUUUUCAAAUGGUCCUGAAUUUUCUGCUUCUUCCAUCUUUUCGAAUUCAAAGUUCUUUUCCUAGAAGAUGAGCAGAAACGUGGUUAACUAUGUUCAAAAACUAAAUUUGACAUCAGUUUAUUUUUCUUCUUUCGAGUAGACUUCCUUAUUUAAAAGGUACAGAGAAAUUUUCGUAAAAACAAAAAAACUUUUUUCUUUUACUUUCUAAGUUAUUUUCAAUUUAAUAUAGUAAGUAUUCUUAAGUUCUUUUUUUUAGAGGAUUUUUUUUAUGAUUUACAGAAGAAAAAUCGUUUGAGUUAAAACAAAAGUUACUCUAUUGAAAAUUUUCCUUGAUCAGUUUUGAAAAACUUUUGGAUUUCAUUUUUUCGCAUUACAAUUGUUGAUGAAGUUGUGUUCGUUAGGUGACAAAAGUCCACUUUGUUAGCAUGCACAUAACCUUUUUUAUUAGAAAUUCUCACGAAAGCCAUUUUAAAGGCAUAGGGGCAGUAAAAAACUGCGUUUCAGUUCAAAGCAGUACUUUGUAGAGCUUUUCAUUGCAAACCUAUGCCUUUAAAGGCCUCAUUUCGAAGUUACACGAUCACGAGCCAAUAAAUGUACAAAAUAACUUGUUGGCGUGUCAGCAUUUUUUUGAGACCUGGAAAAUGCUUUUGCUUUUUCUUUCUGUUUCUUGAAGAGUAUUUCAUUCAACUGCUAAUACUCAAAUAAUCGGCGUCUUGAGCAAAAAUGUGCAGGAUCUGGUGAGUUUCAGGUCACUGAUCUUGAGAAAAGUUCAAAAUUUCCCUCCUUUUCGUGUUGAAAAAUUUGGCGAUAGUUGAGAGUUUCCUAUGAAGUUUCUCAUUUCGGAGAGAAGUUCCAGAUUUUUCUGCACCUGCUUGGCAAUUCUCAUGUCCCAGGCAAAGUAUCUCCCGAAAAUCCUCUGAAAAAAGGGCUGAAUUUCGCAUUCCAACGGCAAAUUGGGUUGAAGUCGCGGCGUUUAGAAUUCGCACGGCGACUGAGAUUCUUCUUUUCUUUUUUUUUUCGAGUCACUGGCUUUACUCGAUGUUGAUGUUGCAAAGAUUAAGGAGACUUGCUUUCAAAAGGGACUUAUUUCCUUGUUCGGUAAUCUUCUUUUUGCUGAAUCUUUUUCUGCUUCGCGUAUUUUUUAUGGGCACGUGAUCGCACAAUUUUCGAUUUGUACCCAGUGAUCAAUAUCGUUUCGAACUUCUUACAGAGAAGGUCAUUUUACUUUGUGUUUUGAAAUUCCACGAAAUUUUGCCAGAUCACUUCUUGACGUACCAGAAGAAGGUUCUGGCAGUCUCAACCUGCACAGUCUUCUAGUUUUUCAGAAAUAAGGAUCCUGAGUCCAAAAAUAGUUAAUUUUGACGGAUUUUGAGCGCUUUUUUUUCGAAUUUGUGGCAGUUGUGCAGUUUUGAACUUUCAAAAUCUUCUUCUGGUACACCAAGGAGUGUUCUGGCCAACUUUCACGAAAAUCCCGAUUUUAAUGAACCUUUCAAUUUGUUAGCGGUGACCAGAGUUUCUGUGCCUCAAGCUCAGCGUUAGAUUUUUCCAAUUGGCGCUUCAAAAAUAGUCCAGUUUGGCCCUGGAAGUUUUUUUAACCCUGUAAACAACGACUUUUCGAGGCUCACUUUUAAAAAAAAAUUUUUUUCUUUUCUCAGAGCUCAAAAUUCACGGCUUUUGCGCCCUACUGCACUUUCAAUACAUACUUUGCUUUUAUUCUACCGAAAAUCUGAGCGUAGUAGGAGAGUUGGAAAGCACAAAAGAAGAGAAAAAGAACAUUGAGAAAGACCAAAGUGACGAAUUAAAGGUGUCGGAUUACCGUCUGUUAGCCUUUGUCGCCCCGUUUUUUGUGGUCUGGCUAAUCCUGCCGUUCUUUGCCUCGAAGGCUCAGAAGCCGAAAACUUCGGCUCAUCUUAUAUUCAGCCAUUUUCUCUCUCUUUUCAUCCAAGGAAGGCGAGAAAGUGCAAGAGGACAUGGGAUUUUUGUACAGUUGAAAAUUUAUUUUUUCGAUUUCUGUAGCAUCUUUGUCCAUUUUUUAAAUAGUAGAAUUUGAAAAGCUACAUCAAAAUGUUUCCUUAAAAAGGCAGGAUUUUUUAGAGCUCUUUAUAUCCGGAAACUUUCUUUUUUUAAGUUCUGGAUUAUUUAUUUAAGGCAGAUUCUUGUACUCAACCCUGGCCUUAUUUUUUCCGUCCCUCAUUUUCUUCAGUUUUUAACACAAAAUUACUCUCGAAAGCGAAUAUUUUUCAGGAGGUCGCAGUCGAUCGCCGGCGUUCGGGUCUCGCCACGAAUUCGCGGUCCAAUGCCCGCCAACACCUCCCUCUCACACACGAUCGACAUCUCCGUCGCCAUCCAGUAUGCAUUUUGGUCUUUUGAGCCAGUUUUUGAGUUUAGAAAGGAAAGACACCGAAAAUAAGAAAAUCAGACAUUGAACGACUUCUUAUCACAUACAAAAUAAUAAUUCGAUUACAGAUGCAACAAUUAAGAAAGUUCAGAAUAACGUUUCAAAAAGAUGACAUGUAAUUUUAAAACUGCAAAUAUAUAUUAUUUGUUCUAAUUUCUGAUCCUUGACAAUCCAGAAUGGUCCCUAUAGGGGUUAGGAAAAAAAAGCUAUCUUAAUUCAAAAUUAAUUUUUUCGUAUGGAAAUUUUUCUUCUCAUAGAGCCCAUAACAAUAAACGACUAGCAAGUCCCCUGUAGGGGCCACUUUUGAAAGCUUCAGGGCCUCUAUAGGGACCACUCUGGCGUUUCCAAGGCAGUAUGCAUUUUCCAAGGCAGUAUUUUGCAAUACGCCCACGUCUGUCUACAAAGAAAUAAUUCAAAAAAGUUCCGAGAAACGAUUAUCACGAACCUUGUCAUUAUUUAUCCUCAUAUGGAGGAAUUUUGCCUAAUUUUAGCCUUUUUCAGCGAUUUUUCGACUUCCGAAACAGCCAAUCAAGUGACGUGCGAGCUGUACGAAAAUGAUACGGAAAGCGAGGAAAAGUUUGUUUUUUUUUUUUUUGAAGCUUUUAAGGUGAAAGGUGAAAGUAGCAGUUAGAUUCCUUCUAAAAAGUAUUGAAUUUUGUAUGGAGCGAAAUGGAAAAACUUGAAAAACAUCUAUUUCUGAGAGUUAUACUUUUUACAGAGGAGAGUGAAAAAAAGUUUGAAGUUUGACAUUUGAAAAAAAUAACUUCUUUUUUUAUUUAACAACAAGUAAAAAAAUGACGAAAAAAAGUAAAUUAAAAAAUUUGAGGUCUUUAUUCUUUUAUCGGUAAGUAGUGGGAAAAGCAAAACGUUCAAAAUCAGAUUUUUUAUUUUUCAAUAAAACAAAUCGUUUUUGAGGACUUUCAGACCAUUAAAGGAGAAGCCAAAAUGAAGCGAAAAAAAAAUCAAAAAAAAAAUUACAGAUGGAAAAAAGUUGGCGUGGGUGCUCCGGUCAGAUUCUCGCGCAACAUCGAAUUCCCCACGAAAUUCGCCUAUCAGUUCACUUUCGAACGGACUCAGCUCAUCAAAGUCAACAUGUUAGUGGUUUGAAAUCAGAAAAAGGAAAAAAAAAAGUAUGGAAAAUCAUAAAACUCGGAACUUUCAGCUGCCGAUGCCACGACCACGACAUGGCCUCCUGUUCCGAUGACGUCAUGGCCACUAGCAUUUUUAAAGUAAUAGUUAAAUAAUUCCUUGGAAGGGUAAAUGACAAUCAAAAGACCUGUAAGCCAGAGGAACCUAACAAAAAAGUUUUUCAAUGAAAAGUUUGGUAUUUUCUGAAAAGUUAUCUUCGAAGGUUAGGAAUAGUUUUUGUGGUUUGAAAAUUGUUAGUUUUAGGUCUGAUUCUUGUUGAACACAGGCGAAUCGAGAGGGUACCAUAAUGUGUCCACAAAGGUACCUGUCAAAAUGGAUCAGGAAGACCCUGUAAUAUGUCCAUCGUGAGACCUCCGGCAUACCUUUUAGCUAUAUCUGAGCCAUCUCGGAGGUACUUCAGAGCCUCUCCCAAGCCCCUCUCCUUUCUCAGAGGUAUCCUCGAGGUACCAUCGUGAGACUUCGGAGCCUGUGAUAUACCUCAGACGGUGUCGCGGAGGGUCUCUCAGAAAUCUUUAUCUGGACCUUCAAAGGAUCUUCGAGAAAGCCUUUGGAAGCUUGUAAACUUAAUAAUAAUAAUUUAUUCACAGAUCAGUGUGAACCCCAACGAGUUCACUUUGAUCUACAAUUUGAAUAAAGAAGAAAGUUGGAGUAAAAAAAAUUGAGAUCAGUUAGGUCUUGGUGGAAUAGAGGUAAAACAUUCGUUGCGAGGUAAAACGACCAAUAAUUUUUUCAAAGAAUUAGGUGGAAGGGUGAACUGAUAUUUGGAUGUAAGUUUAUUCCAAAUAGGAAUCGUUUUGAAGAAAAAGUUGUUAGAAAACUGACCUUGAGAAAAACUUAAUUCAGAACUCACCUUUUUUGUCAGAAAAAUUAUAUGAAAAUCAAUACUUACUUACAGGUCGACGAGCUGAUCGGCUCCUUCGGUCUACAACUUCGGCGAAGCUUGAUGUUAGUUCUGCUCUCCUUUUGGAUAGAAGUCCUUUUUUCAGGAGAACCACGACGAUCGCUUCAACUCUGAGUACUUCUUCGCGACAUUCUUCCGAAUAUUUGGGCGGUCUCAUUAUUUCAGGUAAGGUUGUACAAGUGAACGAUUUUUGAGAAGUUUUGUACCGAAAAAUGUCGAACAAUUAUGUCAGAGUGGAUUUUCUAACUUUUUAAAAUCUCGAUCCAGAAGUAAAAAGUCCUGGAUUUUUUUUAUUUUCUGGAAAUAGGUCUUGAAACCAAAACAUUUUUAAAAAAAGUGAAUUAAUCAUAAAGCAAAAAAACACAUGAGUUGAAGACCAAUGAGAUUCUAACUUUUGGAAAAAAAAAUUGAAAUCGAAAAAAAAAAUUGAAAACUUUCCUUCCAGCUGAGAUGCCCGAGAAAGAACAGCCAAUCGUCGUCCAGUUCCACGGAAAAUCGAUCGAUCGGAAGGACUUCCUAUGGGAUGAAACGGCCGUCUUCUUUAGGGUAACAUAGUUGAAAGUCUAGAAAAAAAUGUUAACAGUACCUGAAAAUGGCCUUUAAGAGUAUAUUUUCAAUGGUUGGUCCGUUUUUGGCGACUUGAAAGGCCAGAAAUUUCUCUGCGCCCACCUGUUCUCUCGGACACCCUCUUAUUUUGCCUUGCUGUUUUCAUGUUUCUCUGACCUCAGCCGUGAGGGAACAGAGAGACGCAGACACUCGGAACCUGUCAAGUCGCGGAGGACGGACUAUCCUAGGAACUCCAGAAUGGUCCCUAUAGAGCCCUCGAAGUUUACCCUUUAGGGACUACUAUACUUUCCCUGUCGGUGUCAUUAAAGCAUGAGUGAGUGACCUCUAUAGGGGUUCAGGUUAUUGACCCAAAAGGAGACAUGAUAGUCGAUCAUUGUUUUGAACGCUAUAAGUUUUCCAUACCAAAAAAUAAAUCAAUUAGCGUUUCUGUAUGUAAAAAUAUCAACAGAAGAUGAUUUGAUAAGAUCCUAUAGGGAUCACUUGAGGUUUACGUUAGGGGCCUAGGGGGCAUUCUUUUAAACCCCUAUAGGGACCAUCUUAACUUUACCCCUAUAGGGGCAACUUUUUCGUCACUUUUUGGGGAUAUUUUCCCCCUAAACCCCUAUAGAAAGCACUGUGGCGUUCCUAAGCGAUUUUUCAAUGAAGAUUUCCAGGUUUUCCGGCUGGAAGAAGGCAAAGACGACGACAGUUUAGUGUUCCUUUACGAAAGCGAGGCAAUCAAAAACCAUUCCCAUCCUCAAUGGGCCGAGUUCCGAUUGGAUACUCAGGACGCGGCUGAUAACCGAAAUCGGUGAUUUUUGGAUAAGAUUCGUUCAAAAUAAGUGAAAGUAAGGAUUAGAAAGAUAAUUCCAAUGUUUUUGAGAAAUAAAAUUUUCGCCUUUCUUGCACCUGGUUUAAGAAAAAAACGCUCAGCGAAAUAUGGCCCUUUUUUUGUUUCAAAUGCGCUCCAAUGAAAAAUAACGGUAAUCCUCUAGGCUUCUGGAAAUCUGGGUAAUGUACCGAGACGUUGACGGAACCGAAGGCUACAUCGGCAAGUUCCUGACGACCUACGCCAAAAUGAAGUACGGACCGGGGCCGGACAACGUCUACAACGUCAUCAACGACGUCAAGAAGGCCCAGAAGAAGGUUUUCGGAUGGAAGAUUCAGGGAAAAUGAUCGAAUAUUGCAGAGUUACGAGCACAGCGGCAAAAUGGAGCUCGUCAAGUUCACCGACGUCUCUUUCUACUCGUUUUUGGACUAUGUUGUUAGCGGGUUGGUCUAAUUUUUAUUUUGACUUGAAAAAAUAGAACUUGGAGAGUUUGAUUUGUAGUCUACAUCGUCCAUUCACUACUACCUGGAGGCAAGAAAAAUGAUGAUAUACUCGAUUUUCCCCGACUUUAAAGGCGAGAUGGGUCAAUAAAAAUGAGAGAUAAAAAGAACGUUUUCAUUUUUGAUCGUUCAAUUAUGAUUUUGAAGACCAUAAAGCCUUCAAAGUUAUUGAGAAACUCAAAAAGGAGAACAGCUUUGAAAAAGGUGGCUCGAGUUUGAGUUUGAAUUGCCCGCCAAAAAAACCGCGUCGCACACGCAACGCUCCACCCUUGGCGAUCUACUUAUCUCGACUUCCAAUUUAGGAAUUUUUUUCUUUAAAAACGCCCUAUUCAACAUCAAUUUUAAGCGUAUUUAACAUCAGUUUCAGAAAAAAACUGCGCAUAAUUUACAUUUUUUUAUAAAAAGAGACUUUGAAGUAUUGUCCCGCAACGUUUUGACGCGCUGAAAAAAGCCUUUUUCUUGUCCCAAGCCAGAAAUACUCUUAAAAGAGCGCUUUAUCGAAGAACCUGAGAAACAAACUGAUCUUUCGUUUCUAGAACUCAACUCCAUUUUGAAAUCGCCGUUGACUUCUCUUCAGCCGAACCUGUUCACGAACUUGAUCAACGACGGUUUUCCUUCUAAUUUUUCUUUAAUUUUAUCUCGAAAUUUUCAGUUUUGACGGUGAACUUCACAUGGCCGUCAGAGCGAUCGGUGGGAUAAUUCGAGACUAUACUCCGUUUGUUUUUCCCAUAAAAAGCUAUUCAAAUUAAAAAUUACAGUAACCGACUGUUCCCGGCUUUUGGAAUCGGAGCGAAAAUCCCGCCUACGUUCCAUGAGUCCAACGAGUUUUUCCUGGUCAGUCUUUAGAGAUGAUGCUGGUCGCAUUUGGAAUGGCUUGAAGCGUUGCGGCCGCGUUUUUUUUUUGUUGGUCGAAAAGUAUCGGAUAUUUGGAAUUUCUAUAGUUUUUCCAAAAAAAGGCAGUAGAUCAAAAAAAAAAUCUUCAAUUUCUGAUGAGUUGUUUCAGACUGGAAAUCAUGCUUCUUGAAACCUUUUGUUAAACAUUUGAAGCACAAAAAAACAGACUUUCAUUUUCGAAAAAUUCCAGCAAUUUAAGGUCAUUUCAACGUUUCAGCCAGAGUUUUCAAAUUUUUUUUAAUAUUCUUACCUCGCUUAUAAACUCGAGGUGCGACAAAACGUUGCCAACCGUUUUUUCAUGGCAAAAACGGUUUUUUUUUUGUCCUAUACUUCGCGUUGAGACCUUUUUUUCGACCUUUUUUGGUUUUCGCAGUAUUUGAAAACAUCGAAUUGCACGGAGUACUGCGGAGGAACUUUGGGUUUGGAAGUUAAUUAUAUUUUCUGAACUCUUGGAAAUGGCUUUUCAAAUUCCAGUUUAGAUUUUUGAAAAUUAAAUCAAUUUUUCUUUCUUUCAAAAACCAACGUUUUUUUCUUUCUAGAACUUCUCCCUGGAUCCGAUUUGUCGCGGUUUGGACGGAGUGAUGGACUCGUACAAGAAAGCCCAAACUUUGGUCACGCCCACCAAGGAAUCGAAACUGGCUCCGGUCAUCAACUACGUUACGAGGUUUCCAACCUUCCUUUUUUGAAAUCUUUUUGCCUAAGAGCUGACGAAGAUUUUUUAAAUUUUUUGCGAGUUCAAUCAUUCAAUCAUUUUUAGUCAUGGAUUUAAUCGACUAGCCAGUGAACAAGAACUUUCAAAGUUAUAAAUAACAACCGCCCUUGGCGAACUAGAAGUCCAAACCUGUAGUUGAUCAAGUUGAAUGCAUGGUCUUCCGCUCCUAAGCAUAGUUCUUCUGUGCUUAGUCCAUUCAGUUGCGCCUUGAAGAGCUCAGCUUGUAGCUGAUGUUGUAGUUGGGGCCCGGAGAGCCUGCUCUAGGUGAAAGCCUCGAAAUGAGAUCAACCACUUCGAUUGAACAUUUAACACGAAUUGGACCUUCCAGAAUGUCGCAUCGAUCCGGAUUCCGCGGCCUCCACUACCAUGUUCUCGCGAUCUUCACCCGCGGAAGUGUCUCUGAUCUCAAAGUGAACCUGACAAUGACAUCAUUCUCACUCAAGUGAUCAUUCAGGACAUCCAACAAGCCGUUAAUGCGGCUUCGGAAGCACCUCUGUCUGUGAUCAUCAUCGGAAUGGGCGAAGGCGAUUUCUCAUCUUUGCAGAAGAUUUCUUCGAGGAAGAAAGAUGCGAAUGGGAAGCGUGAAUGUGUCGAGGUUCUUUUUACCCUUUUUUAAAUGGAAAUAUAAUAUCUGUUGACCCAGCUUUGAAAUCUGAAUUUUCAGUUUUUCCAAAUGAAGACGUUGCUGAACGGAGCGGAGACGCCGGCGCAAAACAAGUCGAGAAUCGCCGAAAGAGCUCUGAGAAACGUUCCGAAUCACUUGGUCCAUUUCAUGCACAAUGCCAAUAUUGCCGCCAAACCACCGAUUCAGGUUUCAGAUCGACAAUAUAUCGAAAUAACUAAUUCAAAAGUUUUGUUCGGGCUAUUUUGCUUAUUGUACAAGAAAAAACAAGUUGACGUUUUUCGGCUGGAAGUUUUUUGGGAUUUUUCGUCAGAAAGUUGUUGUGGAAGAGAAAAAGAAUGACUGUAAGAAAGGAAAUAAGAAUUUUUUGAAGUUCAAGUUUCCUAUUACUUCUCUUUUUCAAUAUGAUUUGGAAAUCAAAAAGAAAAAAAAUCAAGAUAAUUUUUCAGGUGUGCCGGUCCCCACUGUUCCACAGUUCCUCUCUGAUUCCUGACAAACCGACGCAAUUCUCCUUCGAGCCUGACUUCCCCAAUAAGGAGAAUCCGAUUCCAGCUCUGAUGCUUUCGCCGGACCUCUCUCCCAGGCCGAGGCCUGACCGAAGAGGCAGCGAUUCUCGUCAGUUUUUUUUUUCUCAGUUAGGCGGCCCCGUGAAGAAUCUGUUCCAAUAGACAAACCAAAAUUGCAGACCGUUUGAAAAAAAAAUGGAUUCACCCCGGCAAAAUUGUUUACCAUCACCGGGAAAUCUUUUAGUGGCCGCUAUAGGGUUUUGACGUUUUUGUGGCCACUAUAGUAGUCAAAUUAGUGGCCACUUAAGAAGUUAAAAAUUAAUGGCCACUAUAAAGAUCUAAGUGCUACUUCUAGACCACUAAAAACUUUAGUGGCCACUUUAGGGGUCAAUGGAUCCUGCCUCUAUAGUGGCCACUAAAAAUUUUCCCAGCAUUUCAAAAUAAUAUCGCAACUUUUGCUUUGAAGAAGUGGAUCUGAUGUUUAGAACAAAACAAAACAAAAGUUAGGGAAAACUUGAAUAUAAUUGUGUUCUUUUUCAGAAUAUUUGGACGUUGAGACGAUUCGUGGCGCUCUGACCGUUCGGAUACCAGAAAGGGCUCAUUCCGUCCUGCAGACGAGCAGAGAGCAGUACCAGCGACGGCUCAAGGAGCGUGGUCUUGCCAGGGUAAACAUUUUGAGAACAGUUCGAAAUUUUGAAAUUCAAGAAUAAGGUACAAAAAACUGAGCGAAGCUUGAGAAAGAUGCGGAGUGAGGAAAAAAUUCUCUAAAAAAAAAGUUGGGUGUACCCGUAGUGUAACCAGGGGCGUGCCCAGUUUAGUUUUUAAUUUUCAUUAAGUUAGUCUUUUUUUAGUUUUUUUUUUCUACCAAGAAGUAAUCUGUAGUUCACUUUUUAUAGAUUUAACAUUUAGAAAGAACUUUUUUUGAACAAAAAAAUAAUCUCUAACCAGCGGCCAGAAAGUAAACAUUUUACUAAUUUUUCGAUUCAAAGUUAUUUCCAGAUGAAGUUCCCGCGAGUGGAACUGAGCACAUUGGAGUCGAGCGGAGGGUCCACUCAAGACAGUUCAGUCUAA